AUGGAAGAGGGCAAGAAUCUCAUGAGUACAGAACAAAAGCUGAGGACUGUCAUCAAGGGCCUACGCACAAAGAUCACCGAAAAUGAGAAGGAGCUCAGUAAUGUCAAGACAUCACGUGGGAAGCUCGAGGCGGACCUCGAUAAUGCACGAAGGCAGUCACGGCGAGCAGACGAUUUGGAGAAGUAUCAGCAAGAACUACAUAAACGCAUUGGACAGUCACAAAAGGAUAUUGAUGCAUUGAAGUCCGAGGGAGCUGCCAAGGAUCGAACAAUUGCCGACUUGAAGUCGCAAUUACAGAAGGCUGCACAAGAGAAGGAGGCAUUGGCGACAAAAAUCAAUGACGAGGCUCUCGACAAGGAGCGCAAGCGAGCUAGAGAUCUGGAAGAGCAGGUUUCUGAUCUCAAGGUUGAGAAGAACCUUGUAGCAGACCGAGCUAAGACCCAAGCCACUGAGUUGAAAGAGAAAGCCGAGAGAGCAGCCGAGCGGGCCAAGGCUGUGGAGAUCGAACUGAAGGCGGAGAUUCAGAUCAUGGAGAGCAAACUUGAAGCUAUGCGCGUACGCGCUGAGGAGGCAUCCUCAGGCGCGAUUGGCGAUUCUCAAGCGAAACUCCUUCGUCAAAUAGAGACGUUGCAGUCUCAGUAUGCCAUUGCAAGCGAAAAUUGGCAGGGAAUCGAGACAACACUUCUCGCUCGCAUCACAAAUCUUGAGAAGGAGAGAGACGAGGCACAGCAACGCGAGUCUGAUGUCCGGAAGAAGGCUCGAGAAGCUGCUAAGCGUGCUAAACGACAAGAGGAAGAGCUGGAGGAAACCAGAACCAAGCUACCCUCACUCGAGGACGAUGCCAAGGCGUACCAGACACAAAUAGAAUCCCUGAGGAAGCGUGCCGAGGAAGCUGAAGCUGCAUUACAAGAGGCAAAAGCUGAUUUCGAGAAACAAAAGGCCUCCUGGAAAGAAGAGAAGAGCAACCAACAGAUAGUCCAAGACAUGGUGUCCGUUUCUACUGUCGCUGCUGGCCCAUCGGUCCAAUUAGUCGAGAGGAUGAGCGCUGCCAUUCGACGGCUUGAGACUGAGAAGGUCGCAACCAAAGAAGAAUUAGCAAGAAUAUCAAAGCAGCGAGAUGAGGCCCGGGCAGAAAUCGUUGCGCUUAUGCGAGAAGCAGAGUCCGGAAAGUCAGCCUUGCAGAAGGUUGCGGAUCUUGAGGCGCAAGUUGCCGAAGUCAACGGGCGCUAUGAGACGACCCUAGAGUUGCUUGGGGAGAAGAGCGAGCUUGUGGAAGAGUUGAAGUCUGACGUGGAGGACGUCAAGGCAAUGUAUAGAGAUCUAGUUGAAAGGACGAUCAAGUAG